AUGUUUUCCAGAUUUUGAGCAGAGAUGACGAAGAACUACCCAAAUGUGAGCGAAGAUUACAAGAAGGCUAUUGAGAAGUGCAGGAGGAAGCUUAGAGGCUUGAUCGCUGAGAAGCACUGCGCACCUAUCAUGGUCCGCCUCGCAUGGCACUCUGCUGGAACAUUUGAUUGUGUCACAAAGACUGGUGGUCCCUUCGGAACAAUGAGGUUUACCGAUGAGCAAGCUCAUGAGGCCAACAGUGGUAUCCAGAUUGCUCUUGGGUUGUUGGACCCCGUCAGGGUCCAGUUCCCUACCAUCUCCUUUGCUGAUUUCCAUCAGCUUGCUGGUGUUGUUGCCGUUGAAGUCACCGGUGGACCUGAAAUUCAAUUCCACCCUGGAAGAGAGGACAAGCCCCAGCCACCUCCAGAGGGUCGUCUCCCUGAUGCUACAAAGGGAUGUAACCACUUGAGAGAUGUCUUUGCGAAGCAGAUGGGUUUGACUGACUAUGACAUUGUCGCUUUAUCUGGUGCCCACACUCUGGGGAAAUGCCACAAGGAUAGGUCUGGCUUCGAAGGUGCUUGGACUUCAAACCCUCUUAUUUUCGACAACUCUUACUUCAAGGAACUCUUGAGUGGUGAGAAGGAAGGUCUAAUUCAACUUGUAUCUGACAAGGCGCUAUUGGACGAUCCCACGUUCCGUUCUUUGGUUGAGAAAUACGCUGCUGAUGAGGACGCCUUUUUCUCUGAUUACGCCAAGGCCCACUUGAAGCUUUCUGAGCUAGGGUACUUAAUCUCUGAAUUAGAGUAG